AUGGAGGCCGAAUCUCGAAUCUCGAUAAAUUCUCUCUUCAAGCAAUGUCUCGAAAAAUUGCAAAAAUUGCUGAAUUCUAUCCCAGAUGAAAGAAGUGAUGCCAGUUUGACAGUACAAGAUGACCUUGGAAGGCUUCGAGUCUGGAUUGGCAACUUCGGCGCACAUCGCAAGCCGACAGACAGACUUUCGCUAGAUCAUCGACUUCGAGAGGCCCCGGAUCUACAUAGAGAGGUUUGCAACCAUAUCAACGACAUCUCCGAAGCUAUUCAAGCAGCAAUUCCUCUUCUAUCGCAAAAUCUCUCAAAACCCCCUUCAAAUGAGAAUCUUCUUGGAAUCGGCCAGAUUUCUCUUGAAUCACGACCUGAAGACAUCAAUUCGGGCUCAGAGAGUUCAGACUCAGAUUCAGAUGAAUUUUGGGAUCAGAUAAGAGCAGAAAACGACAUACACUCAGAACUAGAUGAAUAUCUGCAGGAUAUACGAUUUACAAUCAGCAGCCUGUACAAAUUCUCUCUGACCCUUCAGAACCCUGCGCACCGCGAUCUGACAUCCAGGGCGUCCCGAAUUGACCUGAGUCAUUUUGAAUUCUACGACAUACAGCAUGUGUCGGACAAGUUCAAUCUUUCAACAGAUAGCGUGCUUGCCCAACGGCUUGGAAGAGCAAACACCAAGCGUCGCCAGCUUUUAGCAUAUUACAAGGAACACGUUGGGAAAAUCUCAAGACAUCUUGAUAUAGUUGUUGCCAAAGCAAUCGAGAUGCCGAUGGAUCUACCGAAGGAUAAAGAAAUCUUCAAGGCACCUCAAAGCAUUUCAACAAAAUGGACACAGGAUACAACCGUUUCAACGAUCAUUCCGCUAGAAAUUGAUUCAAGAUCUGACUCUGCGCGAACAAAAUUCUCCGUAACAAGCUCGGCGACUGGCGAUCAACAAAUUCCGCUGAUGCCCCCACCGCCACAUCAACACCCAGAGAGCGACGCUGGAAAAAUACCAUUCUUUUGCCCAUAUUGUCAUCAAACAAUACAACUUGAAAACAUGGAUCAAGAUUGGGAUUAUCAUGUUUAUAGCGACUUACGACCAUAUAUCUGUACAUUCGCAGGUUGCAUCAAGCCUGACCAGAUUUACGAUAGCUAUACCGAGUGGAGUGAGCAUGAACGGCAACAACAUCGGCGCGAAUGGUUCUGCAAUCUGUGCUCAACUAACUAUCAAUCUGGACAAUCCAUUUUGUUACACUUUGGAGAAGCCCAUGGUGAGGCGGUGCCCGAAGAACAAAGACAAGCGUUAGUUCAGUUAUCCGAAAGAGCGGUGUCUUCUCCACAGCAGUGCCCCUUAUGCACCAAGUCCCCGAUAUCAAAUCCGAGACGUUAUCAGGAACAUCUAGCUCGGCAUUUACAGCAACUCUCACUUUUUGCCUUGCCGCGACUAGAUUCAAAAGAAGCUGACGGCAUAUCUCGCGAUGGAGCAUCAGAUGAAUCCAAUCGGCCACUGGCAUUUGACGAUGAAGAUCAUCAAUCUUUGAGAUCUACACCAAGCCAAGACUCCCUCCCCGUGGAACGAACUCCGAGUCCUCGUUUGGACUCCACAUUUGUUCUGCCCAUAGGAGGGAUCGGGGCAAAAAAUGACGACAUGACCGAGGAACCAUUGGGCAAGGAGGACAGACUUGUGGAUUUGAACGACACAAAAAAUCUGGGCUCAAAUAAAGAAGACUCUGUAUUAAACUUACAGGGUCUGGCAAAGCUAUAUUGGAGGCAAGCCAACCUAGAGAAGACUGAAAGUCUAUUGAUACAAGUUUUGAGAAUUCGUCAAGAGACCCUGGGCGCAGAUCACAAGGAUACACUAUCAAGCACAGAAGAUCUAGCAUUGCUAGAGCAUGUGCGGAGCCGCUUGCAAUACGCUGAAAGUCGAUUGAUGCCAGUGACCGAAACUCGGCAGCCAAAUUUCGGGUUAGAUAAUGCAUGCAAUCCCUAG